UAGACAAAUUAUGCAUCUUCCCUACUCUGGUUCUCUGUGUAUACUGUCGCAUAGCUUCAGGUUGCUGCAGUUGUUAAUUUUUAUUCUUGAAUGUGAAGCCAAGCUUACUGCAUGCACAUCUUUUUCUUAAUCAUAUAAUUAUUAUACAAAUAAGGCUGUCCUACAGGGCUGCCCACCCAGAGAGCUGCCUCUCCGUUACUGCUUUAAGGUCUGUCUGGGUGCAGGGUUCUGCGAAUGUUACUUAGAGUUGGUCUUGCGCUUGUGGAUAUAUAGAGUUAUGUUGUUUGUGUGCACCAUCCCCACAGCUGCUUAGAUACUGUCAGAGAACCUCGAACCGUCUUCAUGUGAGUAGACCUGCAUCCAUGCUACUGUAAGCAGAGUGCUCCAGACUGUCUCCUCACAAAAGAGCCCCUUGCAGAAACGUAGCUACAGACACGCUUUUGGCCUCUAGAAGCUUCAGAGGCUGUGUCCUGCGCUCACAAAAUGUGCCAGAAAUCAGAAAGCGGUUUGUUUUCAUCACUCUGCAGUUCAAACUUUAAGGAUGGCGGACACAGACCUUUUUAUGGAAUGUGAGGAGGAGGAGCUGGAGCCAUGGCAGAAAAUCAGCGAUGUGAUUGAAGAUUCUGUUGUUGAGGAUUAUAAUUCAGUUGAUAAAACUGCUACGGCUGGCAAUCCUCUUGUUCAGCAAAGUGGACAGCCGCUAAUCCUUACCCAGAACCCGACCUCGGGUCUGGGCACAAUGGUGACUCAGCCAGUAUUACGACCUGUACAGAUCAUGCAGAAUGCCAAUCAUGUCACGAAUUCUCCAGUGACCAGUCAGCCCAUCUUCAUAACGACCCAGGGAUUUCCCGUGAGGAAUGUGCGGCCUGUACAAAAUACAAUGAACCAAGUUGGAAUCGUUCUGAAUGUACAGCAAGGUCAGACGGUUAGGCCCAUCACCCUCGUCCCAGCCCCAGGUACGCAGUUUGUUAAACCAACAGUUGGCGUUCCUCAGGUGUUCUCUCAAAUGGCCCAGGUGAGACCAGGUACACCCAUGCCGGUCCGACCCACCACCAACACUUUCACUACGGUCAUUCCGGCCACGCUCACCAUCAGGAGCACUGUACCACAGUCCCAGGCACAACAGCAAAUGAGUAUUGCGAGCUUCGUGACUGUGAAGAGACCUGGAGUGACUGGGGAGAACAGCAACGAGGUGGCUAAGCUAGUGAACACCCUGAACACCAUUCCUUCGUUAGGGCAGAGCCCUGGCCCACUGGUGGUUUCCAACAGCAGCCCUGUGCACGGUUCCCAGAGAUCUAGUGUUUCGGAGUCGUCGUCAUCGUCGUCAUCGUUAAAAGUCAGUUCAUCUCCUAUUCCCACGUUUGAUUUGCAAGAUGGUGGCAGGAAGGUCUGCCCAAGGUGUGACGCUCAGUUUCGAGUCACCGAAGCUUUAAGAGGACAUAUGUGUUACUGCUGCCCUGAAAUGGUUGAAUUCCUCAAGAAAAGAAAAUCUCUAGAAUCUGAACCAAAUAUUCAAUCUGCAAAGCCUCCAUCUCCAGAAAAAACUGCAGCUGUUGCUUCGCCACCCUCUUCUACCCCUAUCCCUGCACUAUCCCCACCUGCUAAAGCUCCAGAGCCAAGUGAAAAUGUAGUUGACUCAUCCCAAAGUAAGCUCAUUAUGUUAGUAGACGAUUUCUACUACGGCAGAGAUGGUGGCAAAGUGAGCCAGCUACUGAACUUCCCUAAGGUUCCAACUUCCUUCAGGUGUCCACACUGCACCAAGAGGCUAAAGAACAACAUACGGUUUAUGAAUCACAUGAAGCACCACGUUGAACUGGAUCAGCAGAAUGGAGAGGUAGAUGUCCACACCAUCUGUCAGCAUUGCUACAGGCAGUUCUCCACUCCGUUUCAGCUACAGUGUCACUUAGAGAAUGUCCACAGUCCCUAUGAGUCAACAACAAAGUGCAAGAUUUGCGAGUGGGCGUUCGAGAGUGAGCCGAUGUUCCUACAGCACAUGAAGGACACUCACAAGCCUGGGGAGAUGCCCUAUGUUUGUCAGGUCUGUCAGUAUCGUUCAUCGCUCUAUUCUGAAGUGGAUAGCCAUUUCCGAAUGAUCCACGAAGACACGCGGCACCUGCUCUGUCCGUACUGCCUCAAAGUCUUUAAGAACGGCAAUGCGUUCCAACAGCACUUCAUGAGGCAUCAGAAGAAGAGUGUUUAUCAUUGCAACAAGUGUAGACUCCAGUUCCUGUUUGCCAAGGAUAAAAUUGAACAUAAGCUGCAGCACCACAAAACUUUCCGAAAGCCCAAACAAUUAGAAGGAUUGAAACCCGGAACCAAGGUUACAAUCAGGGCGUCUAGAGGACAGCCACGGACAGUACCAAUAUCUUCAAAUGACAUGUCGCAGGGCGCUGGACAGGAAACUACUCCGCUGUCGUCUUCUACUGAUCCCCAGCCCAUCUUCCUGUACCCACCUGUCCAGAGGAACGUCCAGAAGAGAGCAGUCAAAAAAAUGAGCGUCUUGGGCAGGCAGACUUGUCUGGAGUGCAGCUUCGAAAUCCCUGACUUCCCAAACCACUUUCCCACCUACGUGCACUGUUCGCUAUGUCGCUACAGCACUUGCUGCUCCAGAGCUUACGCCAACCACAUGAUCAACAACCAUGUUCCUCGGAAGAGCCCAAAAUACUUGGCUUUGUUUAAAAACUAUACUGCCUGCGGUGUAAAGCUGUCCUGUUCCUCUUGUCUCUUUGUAACAUCUGAGGGUGACGCAAUGGCCAAACAUCUGGUCUUCAAUCCAUCACACGAGUUUAGUAACAUUAUUUUCCGAGGGCCUACUUGGAUAUCACAUUCCAGGCACAUUCAGCCCCAGGACAAAAGCCUGAAGAAUCCAUGCCCUGCCUAUUCCCCAAGUAAAGCUGCUACUGUGAAAACCAAGUCUGUGUUACCUGCGAAAGACGACCUGGAGCCGGAGCUGGCCCUAGCAGCCUACAACAGACCUCUGCUCUGCCAGGAAGAAGAGUGCUUAAAUAUUGAUGCUCGCGAAGACGAGCAGGCAACAAAGGAGCCGGAACCUGCAAGCAAAAAGGAGCAGCUGUCGGUAAAAAAGCUGCGAGUCGUACUGUUUGCUUUGUGCUGCAACACCGAACAGGCUGCGGAGCACUUCCGAAAUCCUCCGAGGCGGAUCAAGCGCUGGCUACGAAGGUUUCAAGCUUUCCAAGAAGAGAACUUGGCGUCUCUGUCAGAGGGCAAGUACCUCAGCUUGGAGGCUGAAGAGAAACUAGCGGAAUGGGUCCUCACACAGAGGGAGCAGCAGCUGCCUGUGAACGAGGAGACUCUCUUCCAGAAAGCCACCAAGAUUGGCCGAUCCCUCGAAGGUGGCUUCAAGAUCUCCUACGAGUGGGCGGUGAGGUUCAUGCUGCGGCACAACCUCAGCACGCAUACGCGAAGGGCGGUGGCUCACCCUCUCCCCAAAGACGUAGAGGACAACGCCAGUUGCUUCAUCGAGUUUGUGCAGCGCCAAAUCCACACUCAAGACCUGCCUCUCUCCAUGAUUGCGGCCAUCGAUGAAAUCUCUCUCUUCCUCGAUGUGGAGGUGCUGAGCAGCGAUGACCGCAAGGAGAAUGCUUUGCAGACGGUGGGAACCGGGGAGCCCUGGUGCGACGUCGUCCUCACCAUCCUCGCUGACGGAAGUGUUCUCCCAACGCUGGUCUUCUACAGGGGUCACGUACAGCAGCCCGCCAACGUGCCAGAAUCUAUCAUGUUGGAAGCGAAGGAGAACGGAUACAGCGAUGAUGAAGUCAUGGAGUUGUGGUCGUCCCGAGUGUGGCAGAAGCACACGGAGUGCCAGAACAGCAAGGGCAUGCUCGUGCUGGAUUGCCACCGAACGCACCUCUCGGAAGAAGUACUUUCCUUGCUGAGCGCGUCCAGCACUCUGCCGGCUGUUGUCCCCGCUGGCUGCAGCUCCAAAAUCCAACCUCUAGAUGUUUGUAUAAAAAGGACUGUGAAAAAUUUCUUGCAUAAAAAGUGGAAAGAGCAAGCCAAGGAAAUGGCGGACUCCACGUGCGACUCGGACAUUCUUCUCCAGCUGGUUUUGUGCUGGCUGGCAGAGGUGCUGGAGGUCAUCAGUGACUCUCCUGAACUCGUGCAGCAGUCCUUCCUGGUGGCCAGCGUGCUGCCCGGCCCGGACGGCACGGCCAACUCGCCCACGCGCAAUGCCGACAUGCAGGAGGAGCUGAUCGCCUCCCUGGAGGAGCAGCUGAAGCUGAACGACGAGCAGCCGGAGGCGGCGGCGGCCGAGGGCCAGGAUCGGACCCAGGCCGAGGAGUCUGCAGACCCGGAAAUCCUCCAUCAGCUGUUUGAAGGGGAGAGCGAGACUGAGUCGUUUUAUGGCUUUGAAGAUGCUGACUUGGAUCUGAUGGAAAUCUGAGCACUGAUCUGCGAACCGUGAUCCAGAAAGGGUUAUUUUUUAAAUAAAUGUUGGAUGAGACCAUUAAACUUCCCUGUGGAUUUGUGGGUUUAGGAAAUUCGUAGGCGAUCACUCAGAUAAAUAGCCAUUUAUGCUGUUCAUUUAUAAGUUUUGUGCUUUUUUAAAAGAAAAAUCACUGUGUUGGUAUUUUCUGAAAAUAUAUUGUGGGUGAAUAUUUUUGCGUUUUCUUUACCUCACUGUAUCAUAGUUUUCUGUUUUUAUUGUGCAGAAAUGUUUUGAAUUAUACAUUGUCAAUGUGACCAUUUCUAAAGAAAGGAAAAAAUAUGUAGCUAAUGAACCAGUAUAUAAAUCUUUUGUUGUCUUAACACAGAUUUUUUUUUUUUUUUAAUUUUUUAACACUUGACCCAGAGAUUUAGGUUUCUGUGGAAAACUUAGAUAUGAGUUACUGCUUUAACGUGUGAACCUUCUAUAAUUGGCCACUAAGAUUUGGGUUUGGUUUGGGUUUUUUGGUUUGUGGUUUGUUUGGUUUUUUUUCUUUAAAAGAAGAGUAAUUAUUUUGCUUGUGAAGUGGGAGGCGGGGUGAAAACACAAGCGAAAGCAUUUUGCCUGUUCAAUGCCAGCAAUGCUUCUCAAACGCCGCAGCCAGGCUCGGGGCAGCACCGUCCCCGAGCCCUCGGUCCCUGGCAGGGUGCGGUGGUUCCUCUCCUCCCCCCGGCCCCCGCCUCGCUCCGCAGAGCUUCUGACCGCGGGUACGUGGGGAGGAGGAAGGCCGAGGCUGUCCUGAUCUUCCUGGGCGCUAGGCGGGAGCCGAGACCGAACGGACCAUUAAACAUUGACCGUGAACUCCUCGUAGUUGAUAAACCUGCUUUAACCGGUGGCAUCAGACACUACGUUCCUUAGAAUUAGAAAUCCGAUUUAAUGCAACAAACUGUGACGUGCACAAAAAGAAGACGUUUGUUUUUAUUUUUCACUGCCAGCUUAAAUUUUUCUACAAUUUGCAUGUUUGAGGGUUUUUUAAUUGUAUGUAUUACGGUAUAAACGGAAAGCAUUUUGACAUACAGAAUUUGAAGCACCUGCACCUGUUUCCAUAGAGGUUUUGUGAACCUGCCCUAUUACCGAAGGAAAGCAGGAGGCAGCAUGUGCAGACCUGUAAAUGGUUCAUCUUUAAAAUGUACAUAAGUGGAACAUUUAAUAAAACCAGGGAAAUGGAUUUAUAAA